AUGUUCUUCAAACAAUACAACUACAAGCCCCGCACGGGCAGCUGGUCGUCACAAUCCUCAUCCAGCGUGGCCGGCAGCUCGCCCAAGGAUGAAAUGCGAACUACUUCCUCAGAAACCACCGGACCCGCAGCCAGUGCGGGGGCCGCGGGCAGGAGACGGUCCAGUGCCUCAGCCUCCGAUAAAUUCGCAGGCCUUAUGGCCAUGAAACGUGGAAGUCAAGACGAACGCAAAUCCUCUUGGGCAGAGCAGAAGCCCGGUCAAUCGGGGAUUUUGAGCGGGAUGUGGAAUAGUUAUACCAAGGGAACCUCCUAA